ACUUGAAGGCAGCCAGACAAUUGGAGCCAUUGGUGGUUGCACUUGCACAUCCGCGUAGGAAACUCCCCUGCAAGUCUGAAGGCGGCUCCACUCCGGUUGGCAUCCAGAUCGCUCCCAUCUGUGUUCGGCGUAAAACCAGUGAGCUGCUGCUGCUGCUGCCGCUUCCGCCGCCUCUCGUUCCAAGACUUUUUUUGUUUGUCCGCAGAACUUCCAUAAAGGUACAAGGCGCUUUUAUUGUAUAUUUCCAUCUGUUCAUCAAGAGGACCUCCACAGGAUUUUUCAGCAUGGAUACAGCCAGCGACUCAAUCGGGGAAAGUAAGCCGGUGUGCCAGUGUGCGUCCAAGUCUUCGGUCCAGCGGUGGCUGCCAGGUUUCCCAGUCGCUCUGUGCAUGCUGAUGUCUCUGAGCUCCAUCGCCGCGUGUCUUCUGAUGAGCCUCAAAACCUACCAGCUGGAGAACCGCAUGCAGAUGGACAAAGGGUCCACCUUCACCCCGCCGCGCGCGGCUUGUCUAAACGAGGAUGGGACUCUUCUUCCAGAGCUGGGCACCUCGAUAGGGCGGCUCGUCGAAGAGAAAGUGGUGGUGCUGAUGCCAAAAUUGCGGACAGCAAGGGACGUCGUCCAAGAGUGCUCCUGUCCUCCAGGGCCUCCGGGGAAGCGGGGAAGGAUGGGAAGAAGAGGGGAAACUGGUAAACCAGGCAAGGCUGGACGGGAUGGAUACCCGGGUCCUCUGGGCCUGGAUGGGAAACCUGGUUUUCCAGGAAGCCAGGGACCGCCCGGACCCCGGGGAGAAAAGGGUGACCGAGGGGACGCUGGACCAAAGAUGGCCUUCCCCCGAUAUGACCACGGCUUCCUCUCUGGAGAGCAGUCCGGUAGCUUUCAGAGACGUUUUCUGAAGGGUGACCAAGGCCAGGCUGGACCCGCUGGUCCUCCUGGCCCCCCAGGUCCCCCGGGUCCCAGAGGCCCCCCGGGGAACACGGGCAAGGACGGACCACGUGGCCCUGCUGGCGAGCAGGGGUUUCCAGGUCGUGAUGGCUUGGAGGGGCCGCAGGGAUUGCCUGGGAAGCCGGGAGAGGAUGGCGAGUCGGGCUAUCCGGGAUCACCGGGCGCCCCAGGAGCGAAGGGCGAGGCCGGCAUGGGGGAGAAAGGAGAGAGAGGCAUGGAUGGACUCCCGGGACUGAAGGGAGACAAAGGGGGACUAGGAGAGCAGGGACCACAGGGACCCGUGGGUCAUCCCGGAGAAAAGGGCGCAACAGGCUCCUCAGACGUCAUCGACUUCAACGGGAAGCUUCUUGAUGCUUUCCAGGCCAUCAGCACCAUCAGUGUUUCGGGUCCACCAGGGCUACCUGGACCCCCAGGCCCUACAGGGGAAAAGGGUGAGCUCGGUUUACCGGGGCCGGCAGGACUCGAUGGGGAGAAGGGACCUAAAGGAGAUGUCGGUGAGACAGGACCACCUGGCGUGAGAGCAGAGAAGGGAGAGAUGGGACUCUCUGGCCCUCCUGGUAUGGACGGACACAAAGGGGAGAAAGGCGACUGCAGAAUUGAAGACAACCUGGUUCAGAUGAUUUCGCAGCCAGGCCCACCUGGCCCACCGGGGGUUCCCGGGUCCCCUGGAUCGAUGGGGUUGCAUGGUAUGCCUGGUCCUAAGGGUGAGCCUGGAUUCGGCAUAAAGGGAGAGAAAGGGGACCAUGGUGCUCCUGGAACCAGAGGAUUAGACGGCCCCCAGGGGACAACUGGGCCUGCGGGGUUAGUGGGUCUUCCAGGUGCGAAGGGAGAAAAGGGGAGACCAGGGGAGCCUGGACUAGACGGUUUCCCGGGUGUGAUGGGAGGGAAAGGCGAACGAGGGGAAAGAGGAGAUAAGGGUGACCGGGGAUCAGUGGGAAAGAGGGGUCUAAAGGGCCAGAAGGGAGAGCAGGGUCCUCCAGGCCUGGACCAGCCCUGUCCUGUGGGUUGCGAUGAGAGAAAAGAUGUAUCUAAUGAAACAGGGCUUUCUUCUCCUCCACCUCAUCUUCCUCCUUCCGGCCCUGAGGCCCCCUGUCCUGUGGGGCAGGAUGGGAUGCCCAUACCAGGCUGCUGGCACAAGGAGGAAAUGGCGAGACAGAAGCUCAAACGCAAGCGUCUCUCUCAGCCGUGAGUGGGGGUGGUGCCUGGCGGCGAAGGGGAACAUAAACAGGCAGUAACAGUAACAUGCUGAAGACUCAGAAACUCCGUUAUGGAAACUCUCCGGGAGGGAAGGUGGAGGGGGGGGGGGGGGGGUGCGACAGAGAACCCUGCAUUUUACACUCAAAUGAGAAGUGAAGACACACCUGUGGCUGAUGAUGUUGCACAAUAGCUUCAUAACCCGUUGAAGUGGUUUGGGAGUCCCUGACGUCACUGGCACAUAAGGGAGGAUAUGCUGCACGGGUCCUCAGGUGUAUCUGGGGGGGGGGUCUCUUGUGUGGCUCUUUUGUAAAGGUUUUGACUUGUCAAAUGCAUGAUCAGUGUUGUUUAGCAAUAACGUCCUCUCUGAAAGCUCAAACUGAAGUAGAAUUUUUGCAGUUUGCAGUUUGCAAUAAGAAGUUUUUAAUAGUCUUUCCAAGCCAGUUUUUCAGAGAAGUCAGAGUCUACCUUUUUAACUUUGACUUGUAGAAAUGGUGACUUGUUUUUUUUUCACUCUUACCAGUUUUUGUCCAGCUACAUUUUGCAUUCCUGUGCAUUGCCUUUUUGUGGAAUACAUAGAUAAUGAAACGUCAAGGCCCAGUUUGAAUUGACUAUUUACAUUAUUAGUAAUAAUAAUAGUAGUGUUUUUCUUGCCCUGACAAAUAAUUGCCAUUCAAAUAGUUUUUCUAUACAAUUUUGCUGCAUUUUAACUGAUCAUUAUGCUUUAAUCACUGAGGAAGAAACAUUUGAUUUACUAUUGCCAGUUUGCUCUGAAAGGUUCUUGCUGCUGACUUAAAUGUGUGUUAUUUGUUUGAUAUUUUUGAAACGAAACAAUUAUUUGGAUUGAAGGACAAACAGACUAAAAUAUGACAUUUGAAUCAUAUUCAUGCGCAACUAUUGUUUUUGGGGGCUUUCUUUGUGCAGUACACGACAAUGUUUUAUAACAGUUCUUUUGAAUUUUGAGUGUGUGCGUUUUUUUAAUCAUCACACUAAAAGUUUUAAGUCUUUACUAUCAGAUGACUUUUACUGGUGUGUUUUGGUCUUUCAACUAUAUUUUUCUCAGAUGAAAUAAUUCCUUGGUGCUUAUAUAUUUCUAUCUACCCAUUAUAAAGCUAUACUUUGCAUAUCCUGAUGCAAAAUCACACACAUGUCCACCACAACACAAGUUUUAUUGUUUUAAGGAAUGUUGAACACAAAGAAAACGUGGGUUUACCGAUGUACCUUAAUCAAAUAUUUGGCUACAUGUAUACAGGACGUCAUAUGUUGUCAAUUCUCCUUGCAUUUCUUCAUGAAUAUUCUACAUAGAUAUAAGUUGAACUUUUUGAUACAAUAUGAAUAUCAUUCAGCGAUAUAUAUUCUGGUCGAUAACUAGAAACGACUGACGAUCAAUCAUUUAGAACAUUCUUAUUGGAUGUAAACAAUGUUUUAUUGAUUGAUGAUCUUCUUUCAACAUUGACAUAUAGGUUGCUAAACGUUGCUAAUUCCAAAUCUUGCCUUUACCAAAAAUCUGUUAUUAUUUUUUCGUACACCAGAUCUUAUUAAUUAGUGGAACACCAAUGGACAUGGAUCUUUGUUAUUCCAAUUAUAAAUAAAUGAAACUAUGUCCCAAUGAUAAAGGCCACAUAUCAGUGCAAAGUUUAUUAUGACAAGUAAUAGAUACAAGUUGAAAUGGAUUAUUGGAAAUUCCACACCAUACCAGUCCCAUUAAAUGUUUCUCUUAAUGAAGGGAGAUUAAUAGAUUACAUCACAAAUAACUCCUGUACUGCAGUACUCGAUAAUGAAGUUAACAGUAUUUUAGAGACUUUUUCUAGAAAAAGAAGAGAAAUUAGUUGCAUUAGGAUAGAUUAGAAUAUCUGGAAAACAAACUUUAUUUGAAAGUCAUAAAAAAUGAUUGACUUAUAGGUUAUUGAAAUCAGAAUGUAUGAACCAUAAACCACACAGUUCUUAACGUGAUUUCACUGGAAGCUGAUGGUUAUCUGCCACUGAACACUAUCAUACGUGUUUAUUUCUUUUGCAGAUUCUAUCAAUUUCAGAUUUAAGGCGUAACAAGUCAAUAUGUGUCUGGAAAUAAUUGUUUUAGUCACACUCUGUACCACAGUAUUAGAUUGAUUUGGUGAGAAUGACUUUUGUUGUGUAUUUGAUUGAAAAGGAAUUAAGCUAUUUUUGUAAUUAAUUGUCUAAAAAUGAACAUGAAUUUUGGUCAACUAAGCAUGUAGACUGAAGUAAACUCUCCAGUUGUAUGUUAUUUUUGUCCAUUAAAUCAUAAUUAUGU